UCACCUGUCGCGGAGAUAUUACGUAGAGAUUCAAGAUGGCUUCACAGUACUACCAAGAGAUGCAGGAGAGCUUCAGGAAUAACAACAAAAGUCGGGAAUUCCCGGCUCACACAGCCAAAGUCCACUCGGUGGCGUGGAGCUGCGACGGCCGGAGACUCGCCUCCGGUUCUUUUGACAAGACAGCCUCCGUUUUCGUCCUUGAAAAGGACCGUUUGGUGAAAGAGAACAACUACAGAGGUCAUGGUGACAGCGUCGAUCAGCUCUGCUGGCAUCCCACCAACCCGGAUCUGUUUGUCACAGCAUCUGGAGACAAGACCAUUCGCAUAUGGGAUGUCCGCACCACCAAAUGCAUUGCCACUGUCACCACAAAAGGUGAGAACAUCAACAUCUGCUGGAGCCCGGAUGGUCAGACUAUUGCUGUGGGCAACAAAGACGACGUGGUGACUUUCAUCGACGCCAAGACGCAUCGCUCCAAGGCAGAGGAGCAGUUCAAGUUCGAGGUGAACGAGAUCUCCUGGAACAACGACAACGACAUGUUCUUCCUCACCAACGGCAACGGCUGCAUCAAUAUUCUGAGCUAUCCAGAGCUGAAGCCCAUCCAGUCCAUCAACGCUCAUCCAUCCAACUGCAUCUGCAUCAAGUUCGACCCCACAGGGAAGUACUUCGCCACGGGGAGUGCCGACGCCCUGGUCAGCCUGUGGGACGUGGAGGAGCUGGUGUGUGUCCGCUGCUUCUCCAGACUGGACUGGCCGGUGAGGACGCUGAGCUUCAGUCACGAUGGGAAGAUGUUGGCCUCCGCCUCUGAGGAUCACUUCAUAGACAUCGCUGAGGUGGAAACAGGAGAGAAGCUGUGGGAGGUUCAGUGCGAUUCUCCGACCUUUACAGUCGCCUGGCACCCAAAGCGGCCGCUGCUGGCCUACGCCUGCGACGACAAGGAAGGGAAGUACGACAACAACCGAGAGGCGGGUACUGUCAAACUGUUUGGCCUUCCCAACGACUCCUGAGCUGGAUCAACGAAGGUUUUUUUCUGGUAAAACCAAGAGAGAUCCUCUACCAGAGAGCAAAGCUGAGGAAGCAUCUGAAGGAAAGAACAGAAACCCUGAAGCUGCAUUUUGGCUGCAGCUCCUAAAACCACCAGCAGAUGGCGCAGCUGUUGUAACUUUCCCUUUUAAGAGCUGACUUCAUUCCCUGCUUUAUGGGUGCAGGUGAACAUACAAUUCCCAGUGCUGUAAGAUAUUGUUUUUAUGUAAAAUACUGUGUUUUUUUAAUAAUAAAAUUGGAUUCUUUGUAA